AGACCAAACAACCAGUUUGACGACGGCUGGGUAGAGGAUCUGCGGCCAGAUUCGGUUGCUUGUUGUUAUAAAACUUAAUUCUACCACCGUCCAAGAACUCAGUCUCGCUGCAGUUCUCGCCGGGUUUGGUGUAAGGGGUGGAUCGCGCUUAAAUUGCAACAACAGCCAAGCGGUGAAUCGUGUACAACACGACGGUGUAUGUGUGUGAUCAAGCGAAUAAAGCUUUGCAUAAUGCAGAUCGUUUCGCUACGUGUGUUGAUCGGCUCGUUGCUAUUGGCAACCGGUGUUUGGACCGACGAAGUAACUGAUGCUGCGUCAGGCGAUUGUGUGCGUUCGGUAACGACGGCCAGUGGAAGUUUGAUCGAUCGUGGCCGCACUUUCUGCAGCGGGGAGCUGAUAUUUGAGGAUAAUUUUGAUUUUUUCGACUUUGAAAAAUGGGAACAUGAGAAUACGUUGGCUGGUGGAGGUAACUGGGAGUUCCAGUGGUACACCAACAAUCGGUCGAACUCAUUCGUUGAGGAUGGAGCGCUUAACAUUCGACCAACUUUGACCGCUGACCAGUUUGGGCUAGAUUUCAUGACAUCCGGCACCCUGAGCCUUGAGGGCAGUUAUCCCACGGACCAUUGCACAAACAAUGCAUUUUAUGGUUGUGUCCGGGUUGGUAAUCGGCAGCAUAUAGUGAAUCCGGUCAAGAGUGCCCGCAUUCGUACGAUCAGUUCGUUUAACUUCAAGUAUGGUCGGGCGGAGGUGCGCGCAAAGCUACCGACGGGCGAUUGGCUGUGGCCGGCCAUUUGGUUGCUGCCGAAGCGCAAUGUCUACGGCACCUGGCCAGCUUCGGGCGAGAUGGAUCUGAUGGAAUCGCGCGGCAACGAAAACCUGUACCUAGAUGGUGUACAGAUCGGUACGCGCCAGGUCGGCCAGACGUUACACUUUGGACCGAAUCCUUCGUACAAUGGGUAUCCGACGGCUACGCUGACCAAGAAUGCGAUGCCGGAGCAAGAGUUUAACAAAAACUUCAGCACGUUCGGUUUCGUGUGGACGCCUGAUAACAUCACGGUAAGCGUCAAUGGUGAAGAACUGGUUACGAUCGAGGGUGAUUUCUGGACGCGCGGUGACUUUGGCAAGCAUAAUCUGGAGAAUCCGUGGCGUCACGGCACGCGUAUGGCACCGUUCGAUCAGGAGUUUCAUUUCAUCAUCAAUCUGGCGGUCGGUGGGGUAGCAUUUUUCCCCGAUGCUGCCACCAACCCCGGUGGCAAACCGUGGAAGAACAACUCACCCCAGGCGGCAACGGACUUUUGGAAUGGACGCGAUCAAUGGCUACCGACGUGGAACCUCGAUAAGGAUGGUGGCAAAUCGGCUUCGUUGCUGGUAGAUUAUGUGAAAGUUUGGGCACUGUAGUUUCGAAAUUUUAGACCAAUGUUGUACGCACGCAAUGAAUCCAUUCCACGAAUGAUUAUGUUUUAAUUAUUUCCAAUAAAACUUUUAAGCUAUCUCACCAACGCA